AGUGUGAUUGAUUAGAAAAGUGAAGUGGCCAGGGGAGUACGUCGUUUAUAUGUACGCUUUGUUUGUGUUAGUCAGGAUAACCUCAAAUAUCGCGAUUUUAACAUAAAUUCCACUAAGAUCGUAUUUUAUAAGUUUUAAAAAUCAACGGUUUUAAUUUACUUGUUUGUAUUUGAAUUUUUCUCUCCUUUCAACAGAUAAAAUGGCUAUGAUGCAGAAGAGAGCAAAUGUGCGCUUGCCGCCUGAGGUUAAUAGAGUUCUGUACAUCCGCAACUUACCAUACAAGAUAACUGCAGAGGAAAUGUAUGACAUAUUCGGAAAGUACGGUGCAAUUCGUCAAAUACGAGUGGGGAACACUCCCGACACCAGAGGCACUGCGUUUGUUGUCUAUGAAGAUAUUUUUGAUGCCAAGAACGCCUGCGAUCAUCUCUCAGGGUUCAACGUGUGUAACAGAUAUCUGGUUGUUCUGUACUAUCAGGCCAACAAAGCAUUCAAGAGGGUAGAUGUCGACAAGAAGAAGGAAGAGAUUGAUAAAGUGAAGAGCAAGUAUGGUCUUGAUGAGAAGAAAUAAACAUUCCUUGAAGCGGAACUUUGAUUGAAACUGUACAUAAAACUGUUUGAUACUUGUGGAAUUCUAGCAUAAGUGAAUACAUUUUGUAACAUAAAAUCUAUUAUCAUUAAAAGCAGCAGUUUUUUUCUUGUGUAUAUGUUUAAAAA